AUGGAGCAGACCGAAGAGGCUAGUUUAGAAGAGCGCCUUAAAUCCGCGUUGUGGCUGUCUAUCGGCAAAAUCGUAGAUGAGGAGACCAUCAAGCUCGGUGUGAAUGCCACACCGCAGUUCAUCGGUGCAUUGACAGAGAUGGUCUGGGCCCAGAUAGAAACUAUCAGCCAGGAUCUCGAAUCCUUUGCUAAACAUGCAGGUCGAUCUACGGUCAACUUGUCAGAUGUGAUGCUGCUUGCUCGCCGCAAUGAAGGACUCGAUUCCAUUCUUCGUGCUUUCGUUGAGCAAGAAAAAGAAAAAGAACGCCAGGAGGAGUCCUGA